GUCACCUGUCACGAUUUGUCAUUACGUGGAUUUUUGUGUUUUUUAGUUAAUAGUGGUGUUAUUAAACAAGAAAUUCAUUCAUGUUACAGUGUAAAUUAACUAAAAUUAGGUAACAAUAUGUGGGGCGAACCCGAUCCAGACCCUGGCGAAGGGGCGCUGGGGCCAGAACCGAAGGAGCAGACCGAUCAGCAGCAGCUGCUCCUCGUCCAAUUGAAGGACGUGCUGAAAAAGGAGCAAAGCACAGUGCCCCAAGAGAAAGUCGAUGAGUACAUCAACACCUUAACCAAAGCCAAAGCCAAGAAAUCCAGGUUGAAGAAGGACGAAACCGGCAGUAUUGAAAGAAGCAGCGGAUCUGUCGAUGGCAGAAAACACGAAAAACUUAAUUUAAUGAAGCAACAGUUGGAAGAAAACAAGGCGAAACUAGCUCAAAGAGGUAUGAGGCAAAAGGACAUUGAAGAUAUGGUGACUGUUUUAAAAGCCCAGUUAAACGAUUCGUCGCAGCAAUUAAUCAACACGGCAACCGUUAAUUUAGAGAAGAAUGUGGAUUACAAUAAAAAUACGAGUCCCGAAGAGUUGUACAACAUACUGUUAGUAAAGGAGAAAAGAAUCGCGGAUUUGCUGGAAAAAGUCCACAAACAAGAAGGGAAUAUUUUGGAUUUACAAGAGAAUUUGAAAGAAAAAGAUUCCGUUAUAGAUGCCCGAACGAAAGCCAUAACGUUAAUGACGGAGAAUUUGAGCAAAAAAGGCAAAGAUACGUUAGAUACAUUAGACGAAACGAAAGAGCAGAUGAGGCGGAUGCAAGAAAAUUUUAUAUUGCUCGAAAGCCAAAUGAAAGAUAGACAAAUGAUCUUGCUAAAUGAUCUAAAAUCCAAAAACAUGGAAAUUUCUAACCUUCAAGAACACAACGAGAGUUUAAUCAAAGAAAUCGAGCGAUUCAAAAGCAUUGAUACAAAUAUUAAACCCGAAUUAGAAAACCACGAAUUGUUAAUAAAAGAUCUAAAAUCCAAAUUAGACGCCAGUAAAGCUGUAAUAGAAGAAAAUAAAUCGACUAUAGAAGAAUACACAAACAAAAUCAAUGAACUAACGGCUAAAUGUGAAUCGAACGAUGGAGUUGAUCGGCAAAAAGAAGUGGAAAAACUGAAAAAAUUAUUGGAAGAAAGCAACAAGAAUAUGAUUAAAAUCAAAGCGCAAAAUAAGAGCAAAGUGAAAGAUUUAAACAAAAAAUUAGACGGUUUCAAAAAAAUGAGCGACUCGAACGCCAUGAUUAUUCAGCUACAAAACGAAAUCACUAAAUUAAACGAAAAAAUCGCCGAAUUAGAGGAAGAAAAGGGCAACAUGCAGUUGAAAAUGGUCGAAUCAAUCGAAUCGAUUAAAGGUUCUACUCAUUCGGAGGACUUGAAGGAACUCGAAGACAAAUUGGACAGGAAUAAAGAGGAAUUGGACGAGAAAGACAAAGUCAUAAAUCUCUUGGAAUUGGAUAUACUCUCGAUGAAAAACGAGAUAGCAACCCUAAACGAAAAGAUUUCCGGUUUUACACAACUCGAAACCGACCAAGUUUCAUCCGAAAUGCGAUCGAUUCAAAUCGAGGAACAACUCGAACUACUCCAAACCGCCAACAAGGACUUACAAUCCGAAAUCGAUUCACUACGAAAGGAAAAAGACGAACUGUGCGCGAAAAUCGACGAUUUCGCCAAGGAAAAGGCCGAACUGGCCGCCAAACUGGACAAUUACGUGCAGGAAAACAUGGAAUUGAUCGACAAAUUGGAGAAACUCAGCGCCGAAAAGGUGUCAUCGGCUGAGAGCAUCGAAAUAGUCGAAGGCCUCACCCAGCAGGAGAAAUUAGAACUGGCCGCCUACCAGAAAAACAUGGAGGACCCGUCGAAGAGCCACGAGGAUGAACAGCCGGUCGAGCUCAACGAAAGCGUCCUGCAACUCACCGAAGAAACCGCCGAGCUCCUCAAGAAAAUCGAAAUGUUCACCAUGGAAAGAAAGGAGGUGAUGGCGAAGCUCGAUUCGCUCCGAGACGAGAACGCCAGACUGUCUCUUCGAGUCAACGAAAUCGAAAAUAACAGAGACAUUUUAGCGGAAACCUACGAGCAAGUCCAAACCGAGAAAGACGAACUAAUCAAAGACAACGAGAAUCUUCUCAACAAACUGAAGGCGUUCGAGCACUACGAUGAGAUCCUCGAAGAGAACGAACGACACAAGAAACUCCUUGACUCCAAAAUCCACGAAUUAGAAUCCAAACUAACGCAACGCGUAGAAGAAAUCAACAACUAUCGAUCGAUCAUCGAAGACAACAAAACGGAAUUCAUCAAUUCCUCCGAGUUGAUCAACAAGCUCCAAGCGCAAUUGGGCGAGCGCGAAAGCGAAGUGAGAGAUUUGAACGGAUUGCUGGACGAUUUGAAUCGGGUCGUCGGCGAUUUGCAGCGAGCCAACGAGAAAUUGAACGAUUUCGAGCACCUCGAAAGGCAAGUGGACGAAUUGAAAACGAAUCUCGAAGAAAUCGAGCUCGCCAAAACCGAAGAACUCUACCGAAAAAACGCCGAAAUCGACGAACUGACGCUGGAAAUCCAACAAUUAAGACGCCGAGACGGAACCGUCAGCGCCAGCAUCGAAGAGAUGAAGCAGAAAUAUCUAACGCUCCAAGCGCAAUUGGACACCAACAACGAUUCUCUCCAUCGACAAGUCCAAGAACUGGCCGACAAGAACAAGGAGCAGCUGGAGAAGAUGAAGAAAAUCGCCGCCAAUCUCAAGAAGAAGACGCAAGCCUACAACGAGCUCGAGCGGAAAUACAACGAGGAAAAAGAAAAAUGGGAAACCGAAGCCGACGAGAAACGAUCCGAUCGCUUGGAGCAACUCACGCGAGAAAUCGAUUCGUUAAAAUCGGAACUACAAUCGAAAUCGUCGAUUCUGGAGCGAUCUAACAGCAAAAUCGAAGACUUGCAAAACAUCAUCGGCGCUUUGGAAGCCCAAAACGUCGAGCUAUCGGAAUUCACGCGACGACAAGAGAAAAUAACCGAAGUCAGUUUGAAGCAAGAACUAUCCACCAGUCUUCACGAAGAGUUCGAAAACGCCCACGGCACCAAAGAAGGAAUCAACGAGGAUAAAAUCAAGGAGCUGCAGUUGAUCGUCGAAACCAACGAAGCCGAAUUGCAACACUACAAAGAAAGGUCUCAGAUGCUCGAAGAAGAUCUCUCCAUAUUGGUCGAAGAAAAGGAACGGUUGGUCGUGAAAUGCGCUAAAUUAGAAGAGAAGUCGAUGGAGCUGGCGAAGAUCGAGGAUGAGAAACGUUUAUUAGAAGAAGAAAUGGAUUCGAAGCUACGAGAUUACGGGAAUUUGAUGAAGCGAGUCGACGAAUUAGGCGAAGAAAACGGAGAAUCCGCAGCGAAAAUCAAAGAGCAAGAAGAUCUAAUAACGAAAUUGAAAGUUAAGAUUAAGAAAGCGCAGGAGAAGUUGGCCCAAAAUAAAUCCCUGCAAUCGGAAUUGGACAACCACGAACAACUGAUCAACGAAUUAAGGAAGCAACUGGCCCAAUCGGAGGCGGCCCAAAGGCACAUCCAGCAGGAAUUCGAGGACAACCGAAGGCACAACCAGAUCGAUUACGAGCGAAUAGAAUCCGAUUACCAAUCGCAAUUGGAAUCGUUGUCGAAGUCCAAAAACGAAUCGACCUUCGAAUGCGAGAAACUCCAAGAGGAAAUCAAGCGAUCGAAAGAAAGGGAGGCCGAAUUGGCGCAAGAAAUCGACGAAAACAACCACAAAAUCGCCGAAUUAUCGGAGAACUUGCACCAGAAAACCGCUGAAUGCGAGAACGCUUCGCAACGGAUCGAAUCGCUACAAAACGAAUUGGAAAACGCCAAAAAAUCGAGCAAUUUACUCGCUUUUCCAGAGGCAUCGAUCGGCGAAACAACCACCAAUCUAUUCGCUUUUCCAGAGGAAUCGAUCGGCGAUAACGCCAAUUUCUUCUCUACCAUCGAUCAGCCCAUCGAACCAAUCGAUCUCCACCGCAACGAGAAAAACACUCAAACCGAAACCCACCGGGAAGUCAACGUGACCAAAGAAGACCUAGAAAGCAAAAUCAAAGCCCUCGAAAUCCUCCUCUACAACGUCGACCAAGAGAAGGAGCAAGUCGUGCAGCAAUGCUCCGAAAUGCUCAACGAACUAACGCGUUUGGUCUACGAGAAAAUCAAUUUAUCCGCGCACAUCUCAUCGCAGGAGGAAAUAGAUGCUUCGAGAGACCCAGCGACGCUCCGCCGGUUGGAAUUCGAACCGACGCGUCCCGACGCCGGGCCGCAGGAGACGCCCGUCGACGAGCACGUCCCGCCCCCGAUCUCCGCCUAUUUAACCUACCCGGAACCGGAACAAACUCGAUCGGCCUUGUACCAAGCGGGCGAAAACGACGACGGCUGGGGCUGGGGCCCCGAAGAGGCGCGCCUCGAAGAAGAGCACCAGUACAACACCGAAAACCACCCCCAAGUCCAAGCUCUAAGGGCCGAAAUGGCAUCGCUGAAAAUCGAACGAGAUCGCUUCGAGCUGGAGGCGAAGCAACUCCAACUGAAAUCCGGCAAGUUGAUCAAAAAAUGCAAGGAGUUGAAAGCGAUCAACGAGCGACUGUCGUCGACGUCGAUCGAUCUCGACGAGACCAUACAGGAGGAGUUGAAGGCGCGCGUCGAACGGCUCGAAAGCAAAGUGAAAGAACUGCUCGGCGAUUUGGACAAGGAGAAACGGGAUAAGGCGAACCUGCUGGGGAAAAUCGACGCGCUGAACGCGUCCAGUGCGAAAAUCUUGGAGAACAAGGAGAUCCAAGAGGCCGAAAUCUACCGGUGGAAGCGCCUGUACGAAGAGGUGCGCGAUCGAUUGGACCAUUUGGACUGGGGAAACGACGAAAGUAAAUCGCCCAAGAGGCGAAUUCCACCUACCGAAGGCGGCGUAGACGACGUGGAAGAACUCAAAAAGCUCGUGCACGAUCUCACCGUCGACAACGAAGAAUUACAAGCGCUGCUCAACGAUCAGAAACAGCAAAGGGUCCAAUUGGAGCGCAGCAAAAGCGUUACUAACGAGGAUAGAGUUAGAAAUCUAGAGGAGGAACUAGCUAGUAGAAACGGAGCUAUUGGGAUGCUACAGGAGAAUGUAGAAGCUCUACAAGAACAAUUAAAACAAGCUUUUACAGAGCUUGAAGCGAAAACUAGCACUGUAAGUUACUUAGAAGGUGUUUUAGAAGAAUUGAAAGGUGAUAAAGAAGACCGUUCGCGACAAGAGGAAAUCGAUCGUGAAAUAGAAGCUUUACGAGAGCAAUUAAAACAAACAUUUAACGAGCUCGAGACGAAAAAUACUACUAUCGAUAACUUAGAAGAAGCAUUAGAAAGAUUCAAAACGGCGCUACAAAGCAAAGAAAACGAUUCCAAACAGGCGCAAUUCGACCUCGAUCUUCUACAAGAGCAAUUAAAGCAAUCUUUUAACGAGAUCGAAGCGAAAAAUACGACUAUAAGCGAGUUGGAGAGGGCCUUGGAAGAGUCGAAAUGUAACGAAAACGAUACGAAAUUGCAACAAUUGGAAAAUUUGUUGUCGCAAAAAACCGCCGACGUCGAGCAAUUCCGAUUAUCCAACGAUUCGUUGAGCACGGAAAUAUCCCGUUUGAGGGACGAGCUGGAGACGGCGAAAAACCUACAAGCAGACGCCUCCAAAAUCAUAGAGAACCUCCAAAACCAGCUCGAACGAGAAGGCGAGAUCAACCAAUCCAUACGGCAACUAACAGACUUCAAUGCUAACAAUAUCGAAGAAUUGAUACGGUUGCUUAACGAUGAGAAAGUGAAAAGUAAAAGUUUGGAAGAUGAUUUGGAAGAACAGAAGCAAAUCAACGAUCAAUUACGUGUAGAAAACGCCAAUAAAUUAGAAGAAACAGGAGAAAGGGAGCAUUUAGAAAGCGAUAUAAAGAAACUUAAAGAUGAAUUGAACCAAAUCAAUCAAUCUAUCCAGCAACUAACCGACUUCAAAGCUAAUAAUAUUGAAGAAUUUAUACGAUUGUUUAGUGAUGAGCAAUUGAGAAGUAAGAGUUUAGAAGACGAUUUGGUGGAGCAGAAGCAAAUCAUCGAUCAAUUACGUAUAGAAAACGCCAAUAAAUUAGAAGAAACAGGAGAAAAAGAGCAUUUAGAAAGCGACAUAAAGAAGCUCAAAGAUGAAUUGAACCAAAUCAACCAAACCAUCCAACAACUAACCGACUUCGAAGCCAACGACAUCCGUCAAUUCAUCGAGCUCUACAACGCCGAAACCUCCAGAAUCCGAAGCCUGGAGGACGCGCUGGCCGCCAAGCAGCUGGAGCUCGACGAUUCGGACCAGAAAUGGUCGCGACGCGUCGACGAGCGCGGCGACGCCGUCGCCGACAGCUGGAAACACCACCUGAACAUCGUCGAAUCGGAUUUCGCGGCGACGCGAGACAAACUCAAAGCCGACAUCGACGAGCUGGAGGAGAAGUACAACGCCCUGGUCAACGAGAACAACGAGCGAUCGGAGAAGGCCGUUUUGGCCUCCGACUUGGAAGCUGUCCGGCGAUUGCUCGCCGAUAGAGAGGCGGAGUUGGCGAGUUUGAGGACUUUGGCGGAGACCACCAGGCGGCAAUUCGACGAGAAGCGCGAGCUGGUGGAGGAGAUCGUUUGGGUGUUGGAGAGCAACGCUUCCUAUCCGUUGUCGUGCGAAACUCGCGAUAUACUCGACGAAUUGAAGCGGCAGUUGGCGAGUAAACGAGACGAUUCGGACGAUUCGAAUGAGAAAUUGCGACAGGCGAAUCGCGAAAAAGACGAUUUGAGCUCGCAAUUGGAACGAUACGCCGCCAGUUUGGCGGAAAACGAAACCGAAAUCGGUAAAUUGAACACGCAAUUGCAAAAUUACAGCAUCAUCAUUCACGACAACCAAAGUAAAAUCGAAGAUAGCGAAAAGAUGUCGCGACAAAACGAAGAUCUAAAGCGACAAUUAACUAAUUUAAACGAUAAUAGAGAAGAACUGAGUAAACUACACGCAGAUUUACAAGAAAAAUAUGCCCAAUUGAGCGCCGUUUAUCACGAAAAAGAACAACAAUACACCGCCAUUUUGAAGCAACACGAAACCGAUAUCGAGCGAUUAAACGCGCAAUUGCAACAUUACACCACCGUCAUCGGCGAAAAUCAAAUCAAAAUCGACAACCUGCAGCAAAAUCUGGCGAUCAAAGACCGCCAAACGCAAGAAUUGCUCGACAAAUCGAGCGACAACACCACAGAAACGGAACUAUCGCAACUCAUCGAAGCUCACUCGACGCUCCAGCAAUCCUUCGGCGAAUCCCAACAGCAAUUGUUCCAAUUAAACCAAGACCUGGCGGCGAAAUCGCACCAAUACGACGCCAUCGCCGACCAGUUAUCCUACAGCCAACAAAACGUCGAACUCCUCCAGCGCGACAUCGACCAGCUCCGCCAAAUCGUUCGCCAAAAGGACCAAGAGCUCGAGCACCUGCGGAACGCUCGCCACACGGAACUGGAGGAAGCGCUGGCGGGCAAAGACCUCGAGGCUCAAACGCUCCGAGCCCAAAUGGCCGAAAUCGAAGCCAAAUUGGCGCUGGCCGACGAGGAAGCGAAGCAGCUGAACGAGACCAGGACCAUCAUCGCCGAGCAGGUGUUGACCAUCGAAGAACUCAAGCGGAAGCUCUACGAAAAGAGCAACGACUACGAUAGUCUGAUAGCCGAAAUGGACAUCAACAGAAAGGCUAUUACCCAACAACCUACCUCUAAUACCGUCGAUGCGACGGAGAGACGCGAUAGAGCCGAUGAGGAUUUGAGCGAGCCGGCGAAUAGAGCCGAGCUGGACCUGGCCUUGUACAUGUUACACCAAAGGGACGUGCGUUGCGAGGAGCUCACGAUGGAAUUGACCCAUCUGUUGGAGGAAAGGGAUACGUUGCAGUUGAAAUUAUCGAACGCCAUACGGGAGAGGGAGCAGCUGUUGAGGAGCGCCAAAACUACUGUGGGAGACGGCGGUGUAGAGGCUUCGGCGACGAUGCCGGACACACCGAAAACCAGCAAGUCUUCGGAGAUCUUCCUCGCCGCUUCGGGCAUCGAAUUGGCUAGCGAACCCACCGAGCGAUUGGUCGUCCAGCAAGAUCUGGCUACUAAGCUGUCGGAAUUGAAAUCCGUGGGGUAUAGAAGGGACAAGACGUUCGUGGACGAACAGGAGCAGAGGAGGAUGCAGCAAAUUUCGAUUAUGGAGCAGCACAUAAAGGAGGCUUCGAGGCUGCCGCCGGAAGCCGCCGCUAAAUUAGUCGAUGCCAGUUACACGUUGUCUCGAGACGUCCAAAGCCCGUCUAAGGUUCUUCUAAAUUGGCUGUGGGGUAGAAGUACGCCCAAAGUGAACGAUACAUAGCAUUUGCCUUGUAUGAAACUAAACUUUUAGACUAGAAUGACGUGCCUGAUUUCGGUACCAAACGCCUUUAUAGUUAAUUAACAAGUCUAGUCUUUGUGGGUUUUAUUCAUUUUUUUUUUUUGUCUACAUCGGCGAAGUUAGAUUUGAGGGUAUCGGACGGCUUUUAAUUGGAUUCGCUUCGCCUAGGAUUUUGUAUAUCGAAAUUUGUAAAUGUAUAUUCUACUGCUGUUUGAUUUUUUUUUUGUAUAGUGUGAUAUACGGUUACAAUAAGUAUAAAUUUGUACAGAAUUAUGAAUGAAAGUGCAUUUAUCGUUGUUCUUGUGAAUACAUUAAUUUUUUAAUUAUUUUAUGGUUAUUUUGAACCCGGAACUUUUAGGAGGCCACAAUUAUUACACUAUUAAAUCCUGGACCGAUUUAAUGUGAUUGAUUAAAAAUUGAAAAUAACGAGAUUGUAAAUUAGCUCGUUCAAGUGCUGUUGUUUUUCCUCGAUUUCGAUCGAUGUUUCUUCGGAGAUUUCUGCCUUUUAGUUUUCGACCUCGAUCGUUUAUGAUUAUUCUUUCGUUUGAUCGCAACGACCGACGAAGAUGCCGUCGGUUUCUCGGUACUCGCCAGCGAUUCCGGUAUCCUCGCGAACGAAUCGUAUCCGCAUUUACAACAAGUUUUACCUAAAAUAUCGACUGCAUUAGCGAUUUAUUUUUGAUUGGAAAUAAACGUAUGACCUGUGCAGAAAUCCUCGCCGCAACUACUGCAAGACACCACUCGCAUUUCGACGAUUCCCGACUUGUUUUUUGUCUUCCUUAUCAUCGGGUCGCUUCUUUUCUCCUGCGUUCUGCUCUUGUUCUGCAAUUUACCCAAAUCUAU